GUGCGUCCCCAUGGAGCAUCAGGCCUGUGGGGAGAACAAGUACGUCAGUCACAACUGCUACCCGCUGCAGCAGAGCUUCUCGCAACUCCAGCGCAUCCCGGACACCCAGCCAGAGUGCCCCAAACAUGUCACAGACAUAGCGCUCCUCAUCGACGGCUCGGGCAGCAUCGACCCUGUGGACUUUGAAAAGAUGAAGAUGUUUGUCUCUGAGAUCAUGAAGCGUUUCAGCAAAACCAACACGCAGUUUGCCCUCAUGCAGUACUCGCACAGAUUUGAAGAGCACUUCGACUUCUCACAGUACAAGAGGAGCAGCAACCCUGAUGACCUUGUCGGGGCAGUCGUGCAGCUCAAAGGAGCGACGUACACGGCCACCGCCAUCCGGAAAGUGGUGCGGGAGCUGUUCACCUCUGGGAGAGGCGCUCGGGGUGAAGCCACCAAGAUUCUCAUGGUGAUCACAGAUGGACAGAAAUACAAUGACCCACUUUCUUAUUCGGACGUCAUACCUGAGGCUGAGAGAGCUGGGAUCAUCCGCUACGCCAUCGGGGUCGGCAAUGCCUUCUCCAGUGAUACUGCCCAACAGGAGCUCCAGGAGAUCGCCUCUAAGCCCACCAGGAAGCAUAUCUUUGGGGUGGACAAUUUCGACACCCUCGAGUGCAUCGAGACCCAGUUGCAGGACAAGAUCAUCAUCUUAGAAGGUUAUUCAUCUCAGGUCAUCACAGCCAAUGGGCAGACCACCUACAUGGUCGGGGCCCCUCUAUGCCAAGGCACCGGCAAAGUCCUCCUGUUCAGCAGAGAUACCAAGGGUGGGGAAUGGACACCCGGAUCGGAGCUGUUGGGAGAGCAGAACGGCUCGUAUUUUGGGAGUAUACUGUCCCCUGUGGACCUCGACAGAGAUGGGAACAUGGACCUGGUUCUAAUCGGAGCCCCUUUGUACCAUACACCCCUGAAUGGAGGAUGCGUCUAUAUCUGCCCGAUUAACUUGCCGGGGACGACGAUGAUCUGCACCAAGACGCUACAUGGGCAGACGGGGGAAGUGUCUGGGCACUUCGGGGCCAGCAUGUCUGAAAUCGGGGACAUCAGUGGGGACGGACAGACGGACGUGGCCAUCGGGGCUCCCAUGGAGAAUGACAAUCAUGGGGCCUUGUACAUCUUCCAUGGGGAAAAGGGAGGCCUCAGUCCCCAGUACAGACAGCGCAUAGUGGGGUCACAGUUUCCCAGCAGGCUGCACUACUUUGGCCAGGUUGUCAGCGGCGGGACAGAUCUGACGGGGGAUGGACUGCCGGACAUCGCGGUGGGGGCACAAGGGCAGGUCCUGCUGCUGAGAUCCCGGCCGGUGCUCAGAGUCGCGGUGUCUAUCAGCUUCCAUCCCCCAACCACCCCCACCUCGGCCUUCGACUGCCAGGGGCAGGAGCAGCUCAGCACAGAGGCCAGCAGAGCAGAGGUCUGCUUCACCGUCACUAAGAGCACCAUGGACAGCCUAGGUGACGGGAUCUACAGCAUCAUCCAGUACAGCCUGGCCCUGGACCCCGGGCAGACAAAGAUCCAAGUCACCUUCGACUCCACCAGCCCCGUCCUGAGCAGGGAGCUGCGGCUCAGCAUUGAGAAGAAAUGUGAGACGUAUGGGAUAAUGUUACCU